AUGGUCCAGCGCACUUUCCCCUUUCGUCUUCAUGCCCUCCUGGAUCAAACGUACGACUUGGACAUAGAUGGCGAGUCUGAUAUCAUUUCCUGGACUCCAAGUGGAAAGACCUUCAAGAUUCACAAUGUCGAAGCCUUCAAAUCGAAGAUCCUUCCCAAAUAUUUUCCGAAACAGAGCCAGUAUAAGUCCUUCAAACGACAGCUACAGUACUAUGGCUUUUCAAACUUUGGCUGGGAACACUUUGGGCACCCAUACUUCUUGAGAAGACAAAGGGAGCUAGUAGCUCACUUGAGACACAAGAAGACUGCUCGCAAUCAGGUCAUUCUUGCAGAGCCUUCUUGCCCCACGCCGCCCACUCAUCCGCUCACGGCGAGUCUAAACGACUCCGAGCGUCAGAAGAAAGCUACAGACUUGCCUUUGAAUCGCGAAGCACGUAUCCAGCCACCGUCUUUGAGCGUCACGGCUCAACUGGGUGCUGAUCCAGUGAAGCUUCAACAAGAACUCAGUACAUUGGCAUGCAACAGCAACAUCUAUGCUCUGCUGAAUCAGCAAAGACUAUUGGAUUUGAUGUUGACGACCUCAAUGCCUCCGAGUCUAGCUUUGAGGUCAGCAGCAGGAGCCCAAAACCUAAAUCUCUUUACCAACAACAACAACCACAGGCAUCAGCAGAUCGAUUCACAAGAUCUUCUCUGCCGCUCAAACAGACUUGCUGAAUGGCAGCUUCGACUUGCGCUCUCCAACAGCGGCCAAUUAUCAGGCAUGUUGUUGUAA